CCCCCCCCCCCCCCCACACUUCCCACCAUGUCGGGACUCGUGCACAUCACCUCGAAAGAGCAAUUCAGCUCCCUCCUCACCUCCUCGACCUUCGUCGUCGCCGACUUCUACGCGGAUUGGUGCGGACCAUGCAAAGCCAUCGCCCCGGUGUACGAGCAGCUCGCCUCGCAGCUCUCGCGCCCCAACCGCAUCACCUUCACCAAGAUCAACGUUGACCACCAGCAAGAUAUCUCGAAGGCAUAUGGAGUUACUGCAAUGCCCACAUUCAUGCUCUUCGAACGCGGGCGCCAAACCUCGACCGUGCGCGGCGCCGACCGCCAAAAACUCUCCGAAAUGGUGCGCAAGCUCGCCGCGGAAGCCAACAAGCCGGACGCCGGCGGCGAAGGCUCCUCCUCGGGGGACUUCAGCGGCGGAGUGGGAUGGAUCGGAGCCCCGGCGCCGAAGGGAUACAGCGAUAUCACGGACCAGUACGAUCCGAAGGGCCUGGAGCUGCUGAACCGGGAUAGCGAGUACGGGACGGCGCGGACGCUGCUGGACGGGGCGAAGCCGACCGCACUCAGCGGCAAGAGCAAGGCGACUGGGUCUGGGUCUGGGGCACCGGAUUGGGUGGAGAGCGACACGGACGAGCAGUUGAUGCUGUACGUGCCGUUCCAGUCUACGUUGAAGGUGCACUCUUUGCAGGUGACGUCUCUGCUGGCGGAGGAUGAUGAGCGGGAUGAGGACGAGAAGCCCAUGCGCCCCAAGACGCUGCAGCUGUAUACCAACCGGUCGCAUGUGCUGGGGUUCGAUGAGGCGGAUGAUAUCCCUGCCGUGCAGACGGUGACGAUUCAGCCGGGCGAUUGGGACCCCAAGACGGGCACCGCGAAGGUGGAUCUGCGGUUUGUCAAGUUCCAGAGUGUCUUUUCGUUGGUGGUCUUCUUUGUCGAUGGCGAUGGGGAGAGCGAGAAGCUGCGGGUUGAUCGCGUUCGCAUCUUUGGUGAGGCGGGCGAGAAGAGGGAAAUGGGCAAGUUGGAGAAGGUCGGUGAUGAGCCGGGCGAGUAAGUAGUUGUUGUUGCUGCUGUUGCUGCUUGCAUUGUAGUUGGGUGUCUUUUUGCGACAGGCAUGACAUGACAUCACAAAUGGAUACUUAGUAACGAGGACAUGCACGCCUGCACAGAAGACGCAACAAGCCAGGAAGAGACGCGGUCACAGACAGACAAGAUUCUAUUACUCUGACUACUAGUAGACUUACGAACAGAAACUCGAUGCACUAGAACAAUUCACAUUGUUCAUAUUCAUAUUCAUAUAAAAUAAACUCCCAACAAGAACCAUCAUC